CUCAUCCCUGCCAUAGGCUGUACACACAGAAAGGAAUAGGAGCACUGAGGCUGGAGUGUGGUUCAUAGAGCCAGUGUAUGGAUGGCGGCGUGAGUCCUGGACAUUGUUUUCUCCUACCCAAGGGAUACAACUGCUGGAUUAUAAUCUACAUUCUUGGAUUGUAAAGAGUUACAAGGUUCGGUGAAUGUGAGAAGCCAUGAAGAUCCCAUGCCUGUGUCUUGCAUCGGUCGUGUGUUUGCUCCCAGUGCUCAUAGUGUCUGGUUUAAGUGACGGCUCCAAUGUUCUAUUUAGUGACAGCAGGUCUUAUCCCAGAUCUCUGGAGAAAACAGCGUGGAGGACUUACAAAGAGUCGCAGUGUCACCAUAUGCUGAAACAUUUACACAAUGGAGCCCGUGUCACAGUGCAGAUGCCUCCAAACAUUGAGGGACACUGGGUUUCUACUGGAUGUGAAGUUCGGUCCGGGCCUGAGUACAUGACAAGAUCCUACAAUUUUUUUAACAAUAACACAUUUAAAGCAUAUCAGUUCUAUUAUGGAGGCAACCAUUGUACAAAUCCCACCUACACUUUGGUUAUUCGUGGAAAGGUCCGUCUUCGCCAGGCAUCCUGGAUUGUCCGUGGUGGGACGGAGGCUGAUUACCAACUUCAUCAUGUACAAGUAGUGCCUCACAGUGAAAGCGUAGCUGAGAACCUCACAUGGUUGGUGAACCAAACAUGUCCUGGCAGCAUACCUACAGACAAGCCCUGGAAAGCAGAUGUUAGAUAUGAUCUAUGGAAAGAAGACAACAGUUUUAAAUGUUUAGAGGCUCUCAAUUUUGCAAUGCAUGAACUUCAACUUAUCCGUGUGGAAAAACAGUAUUUGCAUCAUAACCUGGAUCAUUUGGUGGAGGAGCUAUUCCUUGGAGAUAUUCACACAGACGUUACCCAUAGAAUGUAUUACAGACCAUCCAGUUAUCAACCAGCUCUACAAAAUGCCAAGAACCAUGACCAGUCCUGCAUCGCCUGUAGAAUCAUCUUUCGGUCAGAUGAGCAUCAUCCUCCAAUAUUACCUCCCAAAGCAGACCUGACUAUUGGACUAAAUGGGGAAUGGGUCAGUCAACGUUGUGAAGUGCGCCCAGAAGUCCUUUUUCUCACUAGACACUUUAUCUUCCAUGACAAAAAUAAUACAUGGGAAGGUUAUUACUAUCACUACUCUGACCCAAUAUGCAAGCACCCUACAUUCACCAUCUAUGCCAAGGGGCGCUACAGCAGAGGUGUGCAUUCAACUAAGGUAAUGGGAGGAACAGAAUUUGUCUUCAAAGUAAAUCACAUGAAAGUGACUCCAAUGGACUAUGCUACAGCUUCUCUGCUAAAUGUUUUUAAUGGAAAUGAGUGUGGAGCUGAGAAGUCAUGGAAAGUUGGAGUGGAGCAAGAUGUCACUCAUACCAAUGGUUGCGUAGCUUUAGGAAUACGGCUGCCGCACACUGAAUAUGAGCUCUUCAGGAUGGAACAAGAUUCACAAGGAAGAUACUUGCUUUAUAAUGGUCAAAGACCGAGUGAUGGCUCAAGCCCCGACAGACCUGAAAAAAGAGCAACAUCAUACCAAGUGCCACUGCUCAAAUGUUCCUCCUCAAUAAUGAGACCUGAAGGUUCAAUUGAGGGAAGUCAGAAAAUGAGAUCUGGGACAUCAUUACAUUCGGUAUCUUUACUUAUGGGUAUUGCUAUGCCUUAUUGGUGCGUACUUGCAUUCAUAUACAUUUGGACUAGAUGAACUGCGGAUAUAAGAAAUACCCUUUGUAUUUGAUAUCAUGGGACCAAGGAUCUGUUGUCGUUUGAAGACAUCUAAUUUGUUUACUUGACACACUUGGGUCGCUGAGAACUGAUGGCCUGAUAAUUUCUUUUCUCCGUAGUCUAUAGCUGCCCUUUCUAUCAAUCCAAAACCAUCUGAAACUUGAUCUCUGGGCUUCACCAAGUCUCGCCCUGCCUUAUAUGACUGCACAACAGUAAUUGCACUUUACGCCAGCAGACAUUUUGUAUUAAUAUAUUCUAGAAAGAAAACUAUUUUAUGCACCACUGAAAUCUCAGUCACGUCUGUGCCAUAUUACUGUUGUGACCUUAUUGUUUUCCAUAAUGUUAUGUCAUUUUUCUAACAGUGUUGACAAAUCAGGAUAUACUUUAUGCAGUAUUGUGCUAACCUAAAGACUGUUGCGUUUAUGCUUUCGCUCCCUUACUGUUUGGAAUGGAGGGGCUUAUGUGCCCUUCCGAAUUGGACAUUUGUUGUAUAUAUCUGCAUAUUGUACAUAAGUGUAUAUGAAAGAUACUUUGAUUUAUAUUAACAUAUUACACAUUUUACACCAAAGAAUAAAGUCUGGACAAAUUCUAGAUAAAAUAAAUAGGUGUUGGUAUUUCUAAUGCUAAAGAUAAUGGCCCUCAUUUACUAAGCUAAAACCGAACAGUUUUUAGUCUGACAGACCUGACAUUGCACUGUGAAAAGCCGAAAAAGGGGCGUGGUUGUCCCUCAAGGGGCGUGGUUUCACAACCAAAGCUAUUUACUAAUGAAUUUACAGAAAAUCCUGUGGAUAAAUGGCUGGAAAUUUCCACCUAGAAAAAGCUGGUCAGAAAAUGUUACCGACUUGUAAAUCUGUGAAUCCCCAUAGUAAAUACAGCGGAAUCCUGCGAAUCUGAAACAUUUCCCACUAAUGAAAACACGACACUCUUAGUAAAUGAGGGCCAAUAUAUUGUAGUAAAUUACAUCUUCAUCCCAGUCAAUCCCUACAUUUUGCCUUCUUUAAAGGGGUAUUCCGACAUUCAGAUUAGAAACCUUGAAAAAGGCUGCAGGAACUUUACACACAAUGUAGCAGUAUAACUCUAAUCCUACAUCCUAAACAUAUACAGUAUACUUUACAGUUUUUUCACACUUUCGCUUUAUAUGUGCUCCUUCUCAGCACAGAAAGAGUAAACAUGGCUUCGGCAGCAUGUGGAUGACAGACUACAAUUCCUAUCAUGCACUGCUAAGAUCUACUCCAGGCUGUUCUCCUCCCCUGUAUUCCCAUGGCUGUUGAAGGGCCCAUCCCUACAAUCUUGAGCACUUCAUAUUUUGCUCCCUUACUGCUGAUCCUCUCACAUUAGUUCCUUAUUUCCAUCAUCUGCUGUUUCAUAGACAAACUGCUAACCCCCUUAUAACCCCUACUGCUGCACCUGAGCAUGUGCAGACUAGAGGUCAUAGCCUUAGGCAGCGGGCUAUAGACAUCACAUUUUUGGGCAAAUAGGUGGUGAGCAAAAGUACUAAAAAGAUGUAAUUACUUUAUAGAGAGUAUGUUUACUUUGUACCAUAUACUUUUAAAUGUAAUUAAAGGGUUACUAAUAUUUAAAUUACUGUAAUUUAAACUAACAUUUAAUCAAACCUUAAAGGGGUACUCCACCCCUAUAUAUCCUAUCCCCUAUCCAAAGAAUAGAAGAUAAGAUGUCUGAUUGCGGGGGUCCUACCGCUUGGACUCCCACAAUCUCUGUGCAGCACCCGGCUUUCUAAACAGUACAUGACAUCACAAAGGGGCGUGACACUUCCCCCGCCGCGAAACCCAGCAUACUAAACAUACUGUUUAGAACACCAGGUGAUGCAGGCAGAUCAUGGGGGGUCCCAGUGGCAAGACCCCCGCGAUCAGACAUCGUAGCCCCUAUCCUUUGGAUAGCGGAUAAGAUUUCUAGGGGCAAAGUACCCCUUUAAACACAAUUUAAAUGAAAUGUUAAGAUUAAACGUUAAGCAUUACUGAGACCCUGACCAAUCAAAACUUUUGAUAUGUCAGUGGAACAUGUCAGGAGUUCAUUUAAAUAACAGUAAAACCCCAUCUUGCUGCAGUAAAUGUUAUUUUCAACCUUUUUUUUCCCCAUAUGCCAAGAGAGUUUUAAUUCAACAUAGCCUUAAGAGGGCUUGUUUUUUGCAGAAAAAGUUGUUUCUUUGUAAAAACACCCCUUUUUACCAUAUGAAGUACUGAGAAGCAAAGAAAAAUGAUUUAUUGCACACAAUUCUGACAUUUGUGGGCGCUUUUCUUUUAUGACAUUUACUCUGAAGUACCAAUGAUAUGUUAAUUUUACCACUACCAAAAUUUUAAAAGAAAAAAAAUACUUUGCAAUGUAUUCUGACCCACAUGGUUGUUAAUUUUUCUGUCCAUGGAGAAGUGUAAGGGCUUGUUUUUUGUAGGGGUAAGCUGUAUUCUAAAAUGGUACCAUUUUUAGAUAAAUACAACUUUAACACUUUUUAUUUAUGUAUAUUUCUGUUGUAAAUUAAAACGUAUAAUGCUUGUGUAUUUUUUUUUUAACUUUAAAUUAUUUAACUUUUCAACUUUUAACUCUCACUAGGGUACCAAAACAAUUACUAGUGUAGGGGAGUAAUUACUUGUACAUUAUGCUGCAAGACUUUUGAUGCCCUUUGACCACUCUAUUAGUAUACCCUGUGUUUGGUAGGGUGUAUUAGAUGUGCUAAAAUAGAAAGCCUAAGCCCUUUGCUUGGCACCCAAUUAUCAUGUCAUAUUGAGGUGAUCUGGUGACAGAGGUGUCCCUCAUCUAUCUAACUGUCACUAUGGACAGUUGUGGCAUGUAGAGACUUUAAUGGCACAGCCACUGCCAGUGGGUUUCCACUGUAUAACACAGCCAGCACCCACUGUCUAUGGAGAGGACAAAGAUACUGGAUUCACAUUUGAUGCAUAUCAAAUGUUGGGAAGGGGUUAAAACAGCUUUGCUUGAGAUUGGGCAAAGCAUUUUACCACAAUAAAUAUUUAUAAUAUAUUUUUAUCUCCGUUGAAUCUUUUGACCCUAGUGUUUUGCACUGGCCUCAAGGUGACUACACACGAUAGAAUAAAAUAAAGUCAUCCGAACCUGCACCAACUUUGACCAACUGUCUAAGUAUGUUGGUCUCUCGACUCUCCAUAGACAGAUGAUGUAGGGGGUGGGGUUGUUGAAUUUUCACCAUGCGAUCCUAUUGUACUGGGAAGGAUAGGCUUGUGCCAAAGCUGUCUGACUGCAGAUUACUCCUACUCUACCCAUAGAGAAUACAUGAACAUUUAGGAUGUUUGAAAUAUAUUUUGUUACAGAAAAAUGCCUCUUUCUCAAUUUUUCCCCUCAUCCUUCACUUUGUCUCCUGCGCUUAUUGCUCCCUUUUACUUCAAACCUGUACACAGGAGUGCAUACACUGAGAGAUCAGAUUACAGCUUCUCUAGAGAACUGGAGAGAGGAAAAGGUGGAGGGAACAGAUGCAAAUAGAGUGAGAGAAAGAGAGAGACAGACACUCACAUACAGAUGUGUUGCUAAAGGGUAUGUCCACAUCACAAUUUGUUUCUUGACUGCUCAGAUAUGUCAC